AUGUUAUAUAAUAUAAAGCCAGCGGUGGGUCCCUCAGGGGCUAUCGGCAAAGUGCACAAAUCGGACCGAAAGAUUGGGCAUCGCCGUGUGGGUGAAGGAGGCGAGAUUACCUAUAAGAAGAUUCAGUCUUCGCAGAUCAUGGGUUCCAUACAAUUGGGAAUCCAACACGCGAUCGGGGGUUUAGCAUCGAAGCCGGAACGUGAUCUCCUCAUGCAAGACUUCAUGACGGUGGAGACAACAAACUUUCCAAGCGAAGGGUCUAACCACACGCCGGCUCAUCAUUACUCGGAGUUUAAGUUUAAGACAUACGCCCCUAUCGCGUUUAGGUACUUUCGUGAUCUCUUCGGGAUCCAGCCGGAUGAUUUUUUGAUGUCCAUGUGCAGUGCACCUCUCCGUGAACUAAGCAAUCCAGGUGCUUCUGGAAGCAUCUUCUACCUCACCAACGACGAUGAGUUCAUUAUCAAGACUGUGCAGCAUAAGGAGGGAGAGUUCUUGCAGAAGCUACUUCCGGGUUACUAUUUGAAUUUGGAUCAGAAUCCGCGUACUCUCCUGCCGAAGUUCUUCGGUCUCUACUGUUACCAAUGCAACAGUAAGAAUGUCAGAUUGGUGGCGAUGAAUAACAUUCUGCCUUCAUCUGUUAAAUUGCAUCAGAAGUAUGACUUGAAGGGAUCAACUUAUAAGAGGAAGGCGAGCAAAUCCGAGCGCGUGAAGAACUCACCGACGUACAAAGACCUGGAUUUCAUGGAGCAUCAUACGGAGGGCAUCUUCCUCGAGGCGGACACGUACACGGCACUUAUUAAGACCAUGCAACGGGAUUGUCGGGUGUUGGAGAGUUUUAAGAUCAUGGAUUACUCUCUUCUGGUGGGAAUACACAACUUGGACGAGGCCCAACGGGAGAAGACCGAAGCGAGAAAGAGGAAUGACUCGCACAGCGAUGACGAGGACGGGGACAAGAAGGGGCUCAAUAGGACCCGAUCUGAGCAAAGUCAGGACGAGUUCAAGGCGCAAGUGAAAAGGACACAGUCUAUAAAUCGUCAAAGACUCGUCGCACACUCCACGGCCAUGGAGAGCAUCCAGGCGGAGAGCGAACCCAUUGAUGAAGAAGAGGAUGUGCCACCUGGUGGUAUUCCGGCAAGAAACGCGCGUGGAGAGCGUCUCCUACUGUUUAUUGGUAUCAUUGACAUCCUCCAGUCUUACAGACUCAGGAAGAAACUAGAGCACACGUGGAAGAGCAUGAUACAUGAUGGGGAUACAGUCUCAGUGCACAGACCAAGCUUCUACGCUCAGCGGUUUCUAGAUUUCAUGGCAAAGACGGUUUUCAAGAAGAUACCUUCGUUGGACCUUCCGGAAAUCAAGGGAAAUCAUCGCAAGUUCAGAACGCUGGUCACCAGUUAUAUAGCACUGAAACACUCGCCGUCGAAGAGGAAAAGCAUCGCGAGGCCAGCCAGAGCCAUCGAGGAAGUCGACACGCCAGGACGACUGUACGUACGACCGAUCAAGGAUUAUAAUCCGGACUUUAUGAGAAUCAGAUCGCCUAGGUCUUCCGUGAGAUCUAGUUUGAGCGAUUUUACAGAUACGACGAUAUCGACGUACCAAAGACAACAAAUCACAACCGAAUAUCCAUCAGUUUUAUCCGAUAGAUUAAAAAUUGAUAGACCGUUCAGACGAAUUGAUUUUGACCCGAACUUACAAAUUCGUGAACCUGGGACUUCUUAUGAUGAAAAUAUGUAUAGAAUUAGAGAAAUGGACACGUUGUCUGACCAGCUGACUAAAGUCUUAAGUACCGGAGCGGGUAGUUCCCAUAUAAACGGUAGUUUGGCUGAUAGUGGUAUACAAACAGACAAUACUAGUACAAGCGUACCACAGAUAUAUAUUGAAUCACACUCGGUGAAAACAGUUAAAGAUGCAGCGGUGGAUACGAGAAAUGAUAAUAAUCUCCAAGAUAUACCAUUUAUAGAUGAAGAAGAAUUUGAUAAGAAACGUUUUGUUUUAGAGAAACAUAAAAGUACUUCGAAUAUUCCAGAGAUAAUAGAAACCGAGAAUGAGAGGCUGUCUAUGAGUCUCAAUAGGGCGAAAUCCCCGACGUUUGUGGAGAAAUUUAAAAAGUUUUUUAUGGAUAUAGGACUGGUGAAGUCCGAAAGUACGCCAAAUACAGAUGUUCAGGCAAAUACAUUGCCCAAGUCAAGUGAACAUACAAGAAGUGUUUCGCCAAAUACUUUUGAACCAAGAGAGUCUUCGACUUUACCGAAAGAUAUGAGGUUUCGUAAAGUAAGAUCAACACAAACAGUCUAUAUUAAACCAGAAUCUCCAUUACCGGAAAUACCUAAGGAAACAGAAGUAACUAGACCAGAACACGUGUCUGUGGUUAAGUUAAAUGGCGAUGAAUAUAUAAAAGAUUCUGAAUCUGAGAGAGUUAUUAAGGAAGUAAUCUAUGUAAAAAGUUUGGAUAAAUCCGCAAUUUAUUCCGGCAAAGAUAGUGGGAGUACUAUCAUCUUUGUUCCGCCGGCGGACUGA